AUGGUUAGCAUGUGUCUGAUAAUGAGGGUGCACUCACGAUCUGAUCUAGUCUCACCCUGCACCUACGACGGACGACUCUGCCAAGACGACUCAUUCACGUCUUGCAGAGACAAGUCGCAACUCCAAACCGACCCAACGCAUCUUCCGUCUUGUAGUUUCAUGAGAUCGGUUGGGUCCGUCUGUCUUCCAGCCAAGACCAUGGCAGACGAUGAAUGGGUGGUGAUGGGGCAGAAGCACCGAGCAGGCGUACCUUUUCCAACGAAUGCCCAGCCGUACGAGACCGGUGGCGGCGAUGAAGUGCACGAGUAG